AUAUUUUUUGUGUGCGACGGUCCCUCCCGGUCUACAGUCCGGCUGCGAUGGGGGAGUACGUGAACUUAGUGCGGAGGGCUUUGGGUCAAAUCACCGGCCACGGCGGAGUUAAAGGCUUUUUCCUGCAGCUUUUCAGGGCGAACGAUGUGAAGACCGGAGCUCUGAUCGGGAUCGACAAAUACGGCAACAAGUACUACGAGGACAACGGCUACUUCUUCGGCCGUCACCGAUGGGUCAUCUACACUACAGAGAUGAAUGGCAAAAGGACGGUGUGGGACGUUGACGGCAGCAUGGUGCCUGCAGAAUGGCAUCGCUGGCUGCACUGUAUGACUGAUGACCCUCCCACCACUCACCCUCCUGAGCCCAAGAAGUUCCUGACGAAGGUUCACCAGUUCAACAUGAGUGGAACUUCAGGUUGUUAUGUCCCGUAUUCCACCACUCCUAAGAAGAUCCAUGAGUGGGUGCCCCCAAAGGUCGGGCAGCAGUGACCCCUGGCUCUUCACCCUAAGCCAGCUUGGACCCUGAUUUAUGUUCGGUCUGGGAGAAUAUUCUGUAAAUUAUAGCUGAGAUUUGUAUCUGUAAAUUAAUUAAACUUCAAAACUUAA